AUGAAAAAUUUAGCCGGGCUGAAAAUCUACAAUUUUUAUCGAAUUUCAGUCAAAACAAAUCAAUUCACACCUCAUAAAGCUAUACCACCAAUUAAUUUAAAUGCACAGGAUUCGUUUUUGAUCAAUUAUGGAGGACGCCGAUCUCUUAGAACAAAGAUAUUGGGAGAAAAGUGCGUUAGACAUCUUUCCAACCGUUCUGCAAAUUCAGGUGUCUUUGAACUGCUCAAAGUACGAAAUCGUUUUUCAAAAAUGUAUGAAAAUGUGGCUUUCCUUGAAACUCUUCCGACCGAGAGUGACAUCAGCUGUUCUAGUCAACGGCUGAUGCUUUAUAACGGGAUCAUAGCACAAGCCCACUCGGGUACAUAUCAUCUUCUUCCCAUGGGAUUAAGAGCGUUGAACAAGCUUAAGAAGGUCAUCAAUGAUGGGAUGGAGAGUAUCGGAGCUCAGGAGCUUGCCCUUCCCUGCCUGACACCUGGUGAUCUCUGGAAAACUUCAGGGCGCUGGGAUACAACAGGUUCAGAACUAUUCAAAUUGAAAGAUCGUCACAAUAUAGACCACUGCCUUGGCCCAACUCAUGAAGAGGUCAUUACUUCAUUAGUGGCAACACAUACAAAUCUAUCGCACCGACAACUGCCAAUCAAGUUGUUUCAGAUAACUAGAAAGUUUCGAGAUGAGAUGGCCCCAAAGUAUGGAUUGCUGCGAGGAAGGGAGUUUGAAAUGAAAGAUCUCUACACUUUUGAUUCCAACCCUGCGGAUGCAAAAGUCACAUAUGAGGAAGUGUGUGGUGCCUAUGAUGGUAUUUUUAAAAGGCUUGGCCUUAAAUUUGUCAAAGUUGUCGGUGAUACUGGGAACAUUGGAGGUCAGUUGUCUCACGAGUAUCAUCUGACGGCUGAUGUGGGUGAGGACAAUCUAGUCACGUGUAAAAGAUGUGACUUCGGUGCUAAUGAAGAAAUGAUUGAUAAGGAUAACCUAGAGAAACAUAAAUGUCAUAAACCAGGAUGUGACACAGAUUUUACUUUCACAAAAGGUAUCGAAGUGGGACAUGCUUUCCUUCUUGGUACUAAGUAUUCCAAGCUGUUCAAGGCAGCUUUCCUCAAUGAAAAACAGAAAAGGGUUACAACCGAGAUGGGCUGCUACGGUCUCGGAGUGACUCGCAUCCUUGCCGCAGUCGUGGAAGUCUUAUCAGAAGGGAACAAGAUCAGAUGGCCAAAGCUGAUGGCUCCCUAUCAGAUAUGUAUCAUACCGCAAAAGGAGGGUUUUAAAUCCGAGGUGACCAAUCAAUUGGCUGAGAACUUGUACGAUGCACUGACCUCUAUCCGGGCACUGCGAUCAGAAGUAGUCAUUGACGACAGAACGCAGCUGUCUAUAGGAAAGCGAGUUUACCAUGCCAAUAGGCUUGGAUAUCCAUUCACAGUAGCUGUUGGGAAAAAGGCUCUUGAGACUCCACCCAAGUACGAGCUGACGAAUACAUACACUGGAGAGACGCAGUACUUAGAAAUGAAUGAGGUAUUGGAGGCGCUGUCUCAGCUUGAAACAUUAUGACAACAGAGACAGUGAUUUGAUACGGAUGUUUUCAUUGCGACCUCUUACGUGUUUGAGGAGCUCCAGCCUUGUCUAUAUGUAUGCAGAUAUGCAGUGCAUGUACUCAACUGU